UUACUCCUGAUCGCCACUUGUCAGCGACCACCUCAAAUAGGAUUGGCAUAAAUUAUACUUCCGAUCAGACGAGAUUGUCAACAUGUAUCCCAAGCAGAUGAGUCUCCACCUUACUGGGAGAAAGUACUACGAAGUUCUCAGCCGAGAACUCGAGGUCCCUCUUGACAGCAGCGAAUUUGCGGCUAUUAUGGAUGGUCGGGACCCUUUGAAACAUUUUAGGGCAAAGUUUGCGAUUCCCAAGCAAAAAGACGUCCUGGGACAUGAAGUUAACACUACGGAUUGUGAGGAAAGCGCCAUUUACUUUUGUGGAAACUCCUUGGGUCUGCAGCCCCUCGGUACACGCAAGCUGGUCGAAGAAGAACUGGACGUUUGGGCGCGAUCGGGUGUAGUUGGUCACUUUAAACACUCGCACGAUCGGCCAUGGGUGUCCAUUGACGAUCAUGUGAUUGAAGAAACUGGACGCAUCGUCGGAGCUAAAAAGGAAGAAGUCGCAAUCAUGAACAGUCUUACAGUCAAUCUUCAUUUUUUAAUGAUGUCAUUCUACCGACCGACGAAUGAUCGCUAUAAGAUCCUUAUUGAAGAACACGCCUUUCCAUCAGACUAUUACGCGGUCGAGUCGCAAGUGCGUUUCCACGGUUAUGACCCAGCGGAUGCCAUCAUUCAACUUGGUCCAAGGACUGGUGAACAUACGAUACAAACGGAGGAUAUUUUGGAGUGUAUUGCGCGCAAUGGCGAUCAGAUUGCUCUCGUUCUAUUUAGUGGUGUACAGUACUACACAGGACAGUUCUUUGAAUUGGAGAAAAUAGCAGUGGCUGCAAGAGAAAAGGGGUGUGUGGUUGGUUAUGAUUUGGCCCAUGCUGUUGGCAACGUCCCUUUGAGAUUACACGACUGGGGCGUGGAUUUUGCUUGCUGGUGCACUUACAAAUAUCUGAAUGCUGGACCUGGUGGAAUAGGGGGUGCUUUCGUACAUGAAAAGCACGCAGUAUCAGAUCUUCCGCGAUUGACAGGUUGGUGGGGUACUGACCCCACAAAAAAGUUCCUAAUGGACAAUGUCUUUCGACCCAUUCAAGGCGCAAACGUGUACCGUGUAUCUAAUCCGAAUGUCCUCGCGACUGUCAGCCUCCUUGGUUCCUUAGAAGUAUUUUCACGGACAUCGAUGGAAGACCUUCGAGCCAAAUCCGUUCUGUUAACUGGAUAUCUUGAAGCGCUGCUAGAAGGCAUUCCCGGGUUCACGAUUCUCACGCCAGGCGAUCCUGCACAACGAGGGUGCCAAUUGAGUCUAUUGUUCCGCCCAGGCCUGAUGCUAAAAGUCUUGGAGGAACUAGAGAACAAGGGAGUGGUGGUAGACGAACGCAAACCUGAUGUUAUCCGGGUUGCACCGACCCCGCUGUACAAUACUUUCACGGAAGUGCAUCGAUUUGUCGAGAUACUGCGGAUAGCACUAGAAAAAUGCCAAGAAACAACCGCAGGCUGUGUAGAAACUUCCAGCUCAUCGACAUCAUAGCAUUUGCAGAGAAAUAAACACGUUUAUUCUCUAAUGCUGCCCUCCUUCCUCGUCGAGUGUAGAUCAGUAGACAACCUUUGGCUACCUUGAGAGGUUCGCAAAGCCUGAUCUAUUCUACUGCUGAUCCCUUCGCUAGCUGCGAUUCGUUUAUAAAGUUGAUGACGAUGUCAAAAAAUGCCUUCUCUCUAAGCAUUUCAAAAUGCUUUCCUCUAACUUCCGUAUUCAAGAGUACCCUUGCAC